GCCAUGGCGCCUUAGGUUCCCCAGCCCUGCCGCGCUGCGCUGCCCCGGCCCUCAUGGCGCUCCGGAGGCUCGUCCAGCAGAACCACAAUGCCAACCUCCUGGGCUUCGGGCCCGGGCCGGCCAGCACUGCCGGUGGGGAGCCAGCCCUGCCCAUGGACAGCAGGAGGAUCCAGCACUUGGCCAACACGGUGGGGACGCUGCCCCGCGGGCGCAAGCAGCUUGCCUUGACCAGAUCCAGCUCCUUGGGUGACUCCUCCAGGCCACAAAGGCACCUCGUUGCUAUAUUAAAGGAAGAUAGAGAGACGUUUGGGUUUGAAAUCCAGACUAUUAGAUUUCCGAACCAAAAUGAUUACUCCCUGGAGGUAUGCACUUGUGUCUGCAAGAUUCAAGAAGAAAGUCCUGCCCAUCUUUCUGGCCUUCAAACUGGCGAUAUCCUCGCCAGCAUCAACGGCGUGAACACCGAUGGCUUUAGCCACAAGCAAAUAGUAGACUUGAUAAAAUCUUCAGGGAACUAUUUAAGGUUAGAGACCAUCAACGGGGCCAUGUUCCUGCGGAAAAUGGAGCUCGAGACCAAGCUGCAGCUGCUGAAGCAAGCCCUGCAGCAGCGGCGGAUGGAGCUGCGGUCGCUGCUGGCGCAGGAGCAGCGCCUGCUGCACGGGGAGGUGAACGACACCGCGCUGCUGGGCGCGCUGGAGCUGGAGGGGUCCGACUUGCUGGGGGGCUGCGAGGAGCCGGGACCCCUCUUUGUGAGGAAACCCCGCUUCUCCAGCGAGAGCAGCUCCCGCAGCCGGCUGAGCUCCAUGACCCUGGACAGCGAGGACAGCUUCUGCCAGAGCAGCACCUUCGAGGACUCGGCCUCGGAGAGCCUGAGCCGCCAGUCCAGCGUGGACGACGACUGCUUCUUGGAGGGGGCGGCCGGGAGGUCCUCCCUGCGCAGGAACCGCAGCAUCAGCCUGGCCAGCAGCGGGUCCAUGUCCCCGCUCUGGGAGGGGGGCAGCAGCUGUGCCAGCAGCUUCGGGACCCUCCCGAGGAAAAGCAGGAGACCCAGUGUCCGAAAGCAGCUGCUGAAGUUCAUCCCGGGCCUUCACCGAGCGGUGGAAGAGGAGGAAAGCCGGGUGUGAGGUGGCACGUGGUGGCCGGGUCUCUGCACGGGGGACGGGACCGAGGGUGGCCGCUCCCCCGGGAGCUGGCGGUGGGUAGAACGUGGUGGCACCGCGUCUUUGUCCCCUCCCCGCACAACCUCGCGACAGGACUGGUGAUAUUUAACACGCUCUGGGGUUUGUAAUUAUUUUAAUUUUUAAUCAGAAGAGCGCACUGCGGACCUCUUCAUUAACGUGAAAAAUGACUUAACUCUGAAAUGGGAAGAACCUUUGCAGAACUUCCUCAGCGUACCCUAGUGUUAAUGACAGAUUUUAAUUGAAUGCAAAAUUGAUAGCUAUUUAUUUCCUGUUACCCAAGUCAUAGUCUUCCGAAGGUCUUUAAUAAAG